AGAUUCAUCGCCCAAAAAUAGAGUAAAAGAAGAAAGCAGAAACAGAGGUUAUCCUACAGCAACAAGGCAAAUAGAACUUGUAUACGGUAAUGCCACCAUGUCAUCGUGUGGCUCAAACCAGUCCUAACCAAACAUCCGUACCUCAAACAUCCUCUUGUGCUCAAAAGAGUAUAGAAAGUAAGGGAGAUUAUUAAAAAGAAAAUUUCCUACUCCAAUGUAUAAAUCCUGAUUACAAAUACGUUCACAUUCACUAUCAGAGAAACAUCCCCGACCCAAAGAUAAACCCAUUCUAGCGUUAUAUAUAAAAGAAUCACCCUCCAUUCCUACCAUCCAUACUAUUGUCCCCACAUCAGCACCCGAAAAACUCAGCCCUACGCACUACUAAUUUUACCACGUAUCAAACAUCAACAACACUUCCAGAUUACUACACGAUAUGGUGGAGGUUUCAUUAACAGUCGGCAAGCUCGACGCCUCGUUGGCAUUGUUGUUGACAAAAGAUCACCAUCUCAUUGAGUUUCCCACCAUUCUUUUGCCCAAUGGCGUCAAAGCUGGAUCUAUAGUCAAGAUCAAGUGUGACCAGGACUUGGAAACAGAGGUGGAAGAGGCCAAACAGUUCCAGAAGAUCCAGGACGAGAUCUUGACCACCUUCGGAACCAAUCUUCCCCAGUCGCCUGUGUUGAAGAUCAAGAACAUAACCCAGACCUCGUGUAUCUUGGAGUGGGACAAGUUGGAGUUGGGAACCUCCAGCUUGAAGAACUUGAUUUUGUUCAAGGACGGCAAGAAGUUGGGAUCCAUACCCCAGCCAUUGACCAACCGCACCACCAAGUUGUCUGGAUUACCUAUCGACAAGUCGUUCAACUUCCAGCUCAGAUUGGACACCACUGCAGGGAUCUACCUGUCCAACACCGUGGAGGUCACCACCCACAAGAUGACAGACUUGUCAGGAAUCACCGUCUGCGUGGGCGACUUCUCGCCCAACGACCCUUUCACCCUUGCUGACAUUGAAAACACCUUGAAGAAAAUGGGUGCCAACUACCCUCCUCAAGACAAGAUCAAGGUCGACACCACCCACUUCAUCUGUACCAGAGAAAACAAGCAGAACCCCGAAUACUUGAAGGCCAGCGAUAUGAACAUUCCCAUCAUCAGACCCGAGUGGUUGAAGGCCUGUGAAAGAGAACGUAGAAUUGUGGGGGUCAGAGACUUCUACAUCAAGGAUUGCGUGUUGCCCGAUAUCUUUGCCAAGAACUACUGGGGCAACAAGCAAGAGCAAGCUGCCGUGGCUGCACCAGCAGAGCCUAGCGAACAGCCAGUGAAAGCUCCAGAAGAAUCUAGCGAACAGCCAGUGACAACUCCUGAAGAAGGGGCUCAUAUUUCUGUCGAGGACUUGAAGCAAAAGGAAGAACUUCCCCCUCUACCACAGGAAGAGGCCAAGGCCACUAAGGAAGAAGAAGUGGGAGAAAAGGUGGAAGAGACCAAGCUCACCAAGGAAGACGCUGGUACAGCGGGAGAGCUCGAAGAGACCAAGCUCACUAAGCAGGAAGAUGUAGAAGAAAAUUCCCAGAACCUCGAAGAGAUCGAUCUCGCUACUAAGGAAGAAGUUGCAGAAAGUGCCCAGAACCUCGAAGAGGUCGAUCUCACCACCACCAAGGAAGAUGCCAAUCUCCCAGAAGUUGAUGAAACAGUUGUGAAUACCGAAGAGAUUAAGAUCGAAGAGCCUCCAGUUGAGGAACCUAUUGUGGAAGAAGACCCACAAGACCUUGCAAAUGACACUGCCAAGAGCAAUCCAAAGAGUACUUCUGUUGAGCAGGCUGCUUCAGAGGUCGAGUCAGCUCAGACAGAGCCAAUUGAAACAAUUCCAGUCAAGGAAGAACCAGUGAAGGAAGAACCAGCCAAGGAAGAACCAGCCAAGGAAAACUUAGAACAAGCUUUAGAACACUCUGAUAAAGAAACCACAGAAGAAGCACAAUCUGCCAUUGAGGAAAACGUUACAGCAUUGCCCGUUGAUUCUAACACGGAGCCAGUGGAGCCAGAGGAAAAUACCAACGAAGAUGGGCUGGACGAUGAAAAGGAACAAGUAGGUAAAGAGAAUAGCAGUGCUCCUAAUACCCCUAAGAAGAAGAACAAGAAGAAGAAGAACAAGGGAAAAAAGUAGCAUUAGAUAAAUAUAUGGAGACUCGUCCUAGCAUCGAGAGUUCUAAAUGAGUAGAAGCUAAGAAAAUUGUAGAUGAG